AUGUCCUGGCAAGCCUAUGUUGACUCCAGUCUGGUUGGCUCCGGCCACAUCGACAAGGCCUGCAUCGUCAGCGCCGCCGGCGACAGCACCUGGGCUACGACCCCCGACUUCCAAGUCAAGCCGGAGGAACUCAAGGCCAUUGUGGCCGUGCUGAACGAGCCAGACAAGACCAACGGCGCGCCAGUAGUCACGGCCUACUCGGAGGGCCUCCACGUCGCCGGCGAGCGAUUCGUGGCCACCAGAGUCGAGGAUCGGCACAUCUACGGCCGCAAGGAGAAGACAGGAAUUUGCAUCGUCAAGACGAAACAGACCAUCCUCAUCGGCCAUUACGGCGAGAACGUGCAGGCCGGCAACGCGACACAGACGGUCGAGGCGCUCGCCGACUACCUCAUCAACGUCGGCUACUAA